CUUUCCUCAACAGGAGCCAAAGAGUGACGCCCGGUUCAUUCCUGGCUUCGGACCAGUACGCAGUUGCUUACCGGGGGUGCCCGGAAUUGUUGACAAGGUGACAAACGCUUUCCACUUUUAUUUCUCCCGCGCCCCUUCUGGUCCAGAUGAGGGAGGCGUGUACCGGCAAAGCUCCCUCGACGCCGGCAUUGUCUUGAAACGCGAAGCGUAACCUUCACAAGCCGGCCACUGUCGCAUCGUCCAUCACCGUCACUAAUUUUUUUUCUCCGUGUCGGCUGGGCAUGGUCAAACGAGGAGCCGGUUUGGCGCUGCUCGCGUCGCGGGCGUCCGGCGUUCAGAAGGUCUUAAACCGCCUCGCCCUCAGCAACAGGCGCGUUGGCCGGACGCUGCAACUCUCACUUCUUUUGACCAAGGCUCUGGUGGCCCGGACGACCGCUGCUGCAAACCAGGGGACAAGCGGUCCCAGUCGUAAUUCUAAUAAUACACGUACUGCUAGAAUCACGCCUCAGCAGGGGACCCUCUUUCUGCAUCUGAUCCGGCCCUGCCUCGACCUCGCGCCGUGGAUUUACAGUCUCGUUUUCCUCGCCCGGCUCCCCUUCCUCGACUUCUCCCUUCCCUCACUCACACCUGCCAUGGCGUCGUCUGCGAACAGUAGCGCAUCCAAUUCCGACAUCAACACACCUCGGUCCAUCUCUCCUUCCUCCGUGGCGUCAGCUCGGUCGUCACACUCGUCUAUAUCUAGCUCCAAGCGCAUGUCCAUCUCGUCAUCGCGUCGCAUCUCGGCUGCCAACCCCAUGUCGUCAGUUGACAUUGUCGCCAUCGAGGAAGCCAUGAGAAUGGCGAACCUAGACGUCCUCCGGGGCUACGCCCAGAACCACUACGCCGAGGUGCACCAAUAUGCUAGUACCGAAUACAUUAGCCAGAACCAGGCCCUCGGCUACCAGGUGCUCAGCGAGCCCAUGUGGAAUAAGGGCCUGUCUUUUACACCAGAGCAGCGCAUAGCCAAGAAUCUUACCGGUCUCAUUCCGCACGUCAUGGAGGACGCCAGCAAGCAGUGCGAGCGCGCGCUCAAAGUGAUCCGGUCCCGGCAGACCAGCAUCGACAAGUACAUGUACCUGUCGAAUAUCAAGGCCCAGAACGUCGACCUCUUCUACCGUCUGCUCAUCGACAACGCCAAGGAGCUGAUGCCCCUCGUGUACACGCCCACCAUUGGCGAUGUCUGCUUGCAGUACUCGACGCUGUACACGCGGCCUGAGGCGCUCUACAUCUCGAUUAAGCAGCGGAAGUCAAUGAGGACGAUCCUCAGGAAUUGGCGCUACCAGAACCCGGAGAUCUGCGUCGUGACGGACGGUUCCCGCAUUCUCGGCCUGGGCGACCUGGGCGUGAACGGCGUCGGGAUUUCGAUUGGAAAGCUAGCCCUGUACACGGCGGCUGCCGGCAUCCACCCGUCCAAGACGCUUCCGAUUGUGCUUGACUGCGGCACGGCCAACGAGGCAAACCUCAAGGACCCGCUUUACCUCGGCCUGCGCGCCAAGCGCCCCUCGGUUGCCGAGCAGCAGGAGUUCAUGGACGAGUUCAUGCAGGCUGCCGCCGAGGUGUACCCGGACAUGGUGGUGCAGUUUGAAGAUUUUGAGAGCGAGAAGGCAUUCAACUAUCUCGACCGUUAUCGGCAUAACUACAAGUGCUUCAAUGACGACAUUCAGGGUACUGGUGCCGUCGUCCUGGGCGGUUACAUUGGCGCCGUGAAUCUCUCGGGUGUGCCGCUCGAGGAGCAACGCCUCGUCUUCAUGGGCGCCGGCUCCGCCGGUGUCGGUGUCGCGAAGCAGCUGGUCGAGUACUACACCAAGCGCGGUCUGUCGGAACAGGCGGCCAAGGACAAGUUCUGGCUCGUCGACACCAAGGGUCUUGUGACCAAGGAUCGCGGCGACAAGCUCGCCGAGCACAAGAAGUACUUUGCCCGCACCGACAACAACGGCCACCAGUUCCGCACCCUCGAGGAAGUCAUCGAGUAUGUCAAGCCGACCGCCCUGGUCGGUCUGACGGCUACCUAUGGCGUCUUCACCGAGUCCGUGGUCCGCGCUCUCAAGGCGUCCGUUGACGCCGGUGGUCUCGGGCGCCGACCCAUCCUGUUCCCUCUGAGCAACCCGCUCACCAAGGCGGAAUGCACCUUCGAGCAGGCCGUGACGUGGACCGACGGCACCGUCAUCUUUGCCUCGGGCUCGCCGUUCUCGCACUUCACGGUGAAGACUAGCGACCACGCCGUGACCUACUACCCCAACCAGGGCAACAACGUCUACGUGUUCCCCGGCAUUGGGCUCGGUGCCAUCCUCUCCAAGGCCAGCCGCGUGACGGACAACAUGAUCUACACGUCGGCUGCAGCCCUCGCCGGCACGCUCAACGCCGACGAAAUCCACAAGGGCCUCAUCUACCCGCGGAUCGAUCGCGUGCGCGACGCGAGUCUCAUCGUCGCCCGCGAGGUCAUGAAGGCUGCGCGGCGCGAUGGCGUGAGCCAGCUGCCCGAGGACCAGUGGCUUGAGUGGGAGGAGUGGGGAGACCCGGCUCUUGACAAGUACAUCAAGGCGCAGAUCUACGAUCCUCAGCUUUGAACCAGACGCGGGGCGUCUUUACGCAACGAGGCAUUUUCUUAGAAGGAUAGCGUUUCUUUUAUUCGUCUGCUUCGCCUUGGCUUGUCCAAGCGCAGUGUUCCUUUCUCGGCUGACCGGCCCACAACCGCCUGACGCUGCGACCCCUUUUCUUACUAACUACCUAAUGAUUCCCCGGCUGGUUGAUUGCUUAACUAGCCUUUGUCUUG